AUGGCGAGAUUUUCGAAUAAAGUGGCGAUUGUCACAGGUUCUUCCUCUGGAAUAGGUCGCUCGACUGCGGUCCUUCUAGCCAAAGAAGGAGCGAAAGUUACUGUAACUGGAAGAAAUCCAGAAAAGAUCCGAGAAACUGUUGAUGAAAUUCUAAAGAAUGGAGGAAAAUCAGAAGAUGUCAACAUCGUCAUUGGAGAUUUAACAGAGAGUGAAUGUCAAGCAGAAUUGGUGAAAAGUACAUUAGAGAGAUUCGGGAAAAUUGAUAUUUUGGUCAACAAUGCUGGAGCUGCCUUCGCUGAUCCAUCUGGAAAAGUUGGAACAGAAUCGAAUCUCGGUUUAUUCGAUGACAUGUUGAAGUUGAACUUGAGGAGUGUAAUUGAACUUGUCCAAAAAUGCCGUCCUCAUCUAAUCGCCAGCAAAGGAGAUAUUGUUAAUGUAUCAUCAAUUGCAGCUGGUCCAUCGCCGUUUGUCUACUACACCUACUAUGGAGUAGCGAAAGCCGGUCUCGAUCAGCUCACUCGUUGUAUGUCAAUCGAGUUUAUUCCUUUCGGAGUUCGUGUCAACUCGGUGAGCCCUGGUCUCAUUUCCACUGGCUUCUUGAAUGCUGUCGGUUUUCCGAAUGACGCCGUCAGAAAGACUGAAGAAUACUAUGCGAGUCAACGUGAUUGUAUCCCAGCUGGACGAACUGGAAAACCAGAAGAAAUUGCCACGUUGAUUGCAUUCCUGGCAGAUAAAAACUCAAGUGCUUUCAUUAUAGGACAGUCGGUUGUGAUUGAUGGAGGCACUUCUCUUGCAUUGGGAAUGCCCAGUCAUGAUCUGUCUAAAGUUUUGUAA